CAUGAAAGCAUAAUCAAGUAGACUACAGAAAGAAUUAUUUGUGUUUAAGUGCUUUUUUAUCCAAACACAUGACUGCUUUUGUUGAACAUGAAGAAGAAAUUAUAUUUUUAUUAUGUGAAGAUUUUAAACAUGUUCUUGACUUAGUGAAAAGAAAUUUGUGACCAUUCAAGAGAAACAAAAUGUUUUGCAGGAUGGUUCAACAAAUAAUUUUGUUCUCUCUCGUUGUCUUGUUUUUAAAUCGUGUUCAAGGAAUAACUUCAAAGAAUUCUUCUCGUUACUUCUGCUAUUUCUGUGAUGGUGAUUGUGACAGACCUGCAUCAUGUGACAAUGCUUUGGUGUGUUACACAUACAGUGUUGUUGAUGUGCAUGGCUAUCAUACCCACAAAAAGGGCUGUUUGGAUAAAAAAGAUGUAGAGCAUUUUGUUUGUAAGACUAAUACGUUUGCAUCUGAUAAAAAGAAUGGACCUCAGUUUAGUGGUAUUUGCUGCCAUGGAGACUUUUGUAAUAAUGGAUCUUUUCCAAUAUUGACUCCCCGCAUUUUGUCUGAAGAAAAUGAUCCAACUACAGAUAGAUUUACGAUCAAUAUGGUCAUAGGGUUGAUAGUUUUAAUUGGUCUUUGUGGCAUUAUUGGCAUGAUAUUAGGCCUCAUGAAAUACUGCCAUAAAAGACGUAUGGCAUCAUUAAUAGGACAUAAUGAUUUGGAGCAUUUUUACCACGAUGAUUUGCGAGCUACAGCUGCUGGUGAUAGUACAUUAAAAGAAAUAUUUGAACAUUCUAUUACAUCAGGUAGUGGAUCUGGUGUACCACUGAUUAUACAGCGGACAUUAGCAAGGCAGAUAGCUCUUGCAGAGUGUAUAGGUAAAGGUCGUUAUGGAGAAGUUUGGCGGGGUGUAUGGCAUGGAGAAAAUGUCGCUGUUAAAAUAUUUUUCUCCCGAGAUGAAGCCUCAUGGGCAAGAGAAACUGAGAUUUACAGCACUAUGAAUGUUUAUCAUGAAAAUGUCUUAGGUUUUAUGGGAUCUGAUGUUACAUCUGUCAAUUCUUGCACACAAAUGUGGCUCAUAACUCACUACCAUGAACGAGGCUCACUGUAUGAUUAUCUAAAUCUACACACAAUUACUCAUCAGCAGAUGAUGAUUCUUGUUUUAUCUGCAGCUUCAGGAAUCAAUCAUCUUCAUACUGAGUUGUUUGGCACAGAGGGAAAACCUGCUAUUGCUCAUCGGGAUUUAAAAACCAAAAACAUCUUAGUGAAGUUGAAUGGAACUUGUGUAAUAGCAGAUUUUGGUCUUGCUGUUACACAUACUCGAGCAUCUGGGAGCACCAAUGUGCCUGAAAACUACAGAGUAGGAACCAAAAGGUACAUGGCCCCAGAAGUUCUAGAAGAAAAACUCAAUGUUUCUGUAUUUGAGUCCUAUCGACGAGCAGAUAUGUAUGCUUUUGGACUUAUUCUAUGGGAAGUUUGCCUUCGUUGCCUCACAGGAGGAAUUGCUGAAGACUAUCAUCCACCUUACUAUGAUUGUGUGCCAAGUGAUCCUAGUUUUGAAGAGAUGAGGAAAGUGGUUUGUGUUGAUCAACAAAGACCUGCUAUUCCUAACAGAUGGUCAUCUGAUAUGACUUUGUCUGCUAUGACCAAGUUGAUGAAAGAAUGCUGGCAUCACAAUCCUUCAGCUCGUCUUACAUCUUUACGUGUGAAGAAAUCCUUGACCAAAAUAGCAGCAGCAGAUCCCAGAAUACGUUUAAAUUAUUGAUAUCUGUGAUUAUGUCCAUCAGCAACUUCAAGAGCUGCAAAAAUUCUUUGAAGUGAACAACCAUAUUUUAUUCUCUGCCAAGCCUGAAGUGUUUAAAUAUUAUAGCUUUCCUCAGGGAAAUCUUAACAGAAGUCGUUGAUACUGUGAUUUUAAUAUUUUAUCCUCUACCAUGAUUUUUGUGGAGACCUCAUCUUGAGUUAGAGAAACAUUACUCCCCUACUGAAUUUUCAGAUCUGUGAACACAAUUUAGUAUUUUAAUAAAAUGAAUGGAAGAAGACAGAUUUCCAAAACAUUUUUAUUCUAUAUUUUUGUUUGUACUGCCAUACAUAUAUUUAUGAAUUACAGUUAGCUUAUCUGUUUUUGUUUAGUUGAUGAGUAUAAUUUGCCAAAUAUGUUAAUUAAAUAGCUAUUUGUUUAUUUUAUUUUAAUCUGAAGUGAGAAAUAAUUUCUCCGCUUAUGUUUGAGCUUAUGUAACAGCUAUUUCAGUAUAUAUAUUUGUAUCUGCAGCUGUAUAUUUUGUACAAUUUCUGUGUUGCAAAAGAUCUUGACUAUCUUCACCUCUUGUAUUAAUAUUGUUGUGUUCUUUCAUGUUGAUAUUAUUUUAUGACUUAAACAGAUUCUUGAGGCCAAAGUGUCUGUUAGCUGACUGUUCAGUGAAUUAAAUUUGCAUGGAAAUUUGAUCAAAUUUUAAAAUACUCAAGAGAUCUCAAUGCAGUGCCAUCCAUUUAAGAGAAAGAUUAUCCGAAUUUUCUUAAGUGUUAUCUGUACCAUUUUUGAAUCUUUUAAUUAAAUUCCUAUCAUAAACAUUAACUCUCUCAAGCAUAUUGAUCUGAAAUAUUAAAGAAAACAUACAUAGUGAAAUAAUCUUGUAUUUAUAACAAUUUUUGGUGUAAAAUUAAUUUUGAUAUUUAUGAUAAUGAUCAGAUUCAUUAAAUAGAAAGAUUGUAUGUAUUACAUUUCUGAAUAAAUAACUCCUAGAAUAACAUAAUUUGUCGAUACUGCUUCGUUCAGUGAUGGCAAGAUGGUCAGCUGUACACAAAAACAUAAUUCUUGUAUAAUUGAAUAUAGAAUUUAUUUUUUUGUGAUGCUUGAGACCUUAUCUUAUUAUUAUGAUAAAAAAUAAUUAAUGUUAAGUCUUAAAAUAAAGAAAUUAUUACAUUUGUUGAAGCAAUACUUAAUACAAGAUGAAUUUAAUACAAUUAGUUACAUAUAAAUUUAUCAACAGGCAUGCCAUGCUAAAUACUCAAAUAUGUUAGCCCAAAUACUCUCUGUUGCUUUCAACUGAAUUCCCUAGAAACAUGGUAUGGUGUUGGAUUCACAUCCCUUGGAAUGUUAGUUCGACCCUGCAGGCCGAAGACUCCGUGUGUGUGUGGUGGCCAUCGCAUGUAUAAAUAUGUCUUGGUCACAAAGUCCUCCAUGUCGAGAGUAAUACCACUACUGGUUCAGAGGUGAUCAUUUUCUGAUUCAGGUCUAAAUUAUGAUCUGUGGAUGAAUGAAUGAAGUCCGCCCCGUAAAAAGGGUUGUGACGUGUGAGUAGCUAAGCCAUAUUCUUAGCUGUAGUUGACGAUACUAAAAAAACAAGAAA